CUAAAUAUAUAUUUGAAUCUCUUAUAAUGUUAGAUUUUGCAGACAAAGUAGCCAAGUUGUGCCUUGACAAAUAUAAUUCUCUUAAAAAGUCGGGUAAACCGACUGAUAACGAAUGGACCGUUCUCUCUAGUAUUGUUUUAAAAAGUGGUGUAGAUGAAUUAUCAGUAGUAGCUUUGUGCACAGGAACUAAAUGUUUAAGCGGUAAAGAGCUAACUAGCACCAAAUUUGAGGAAAGGGGUAGUAGAUUAAGUGAUUCACACGCCGAAAUUCUUACAAGGCGUGCUUUUUUAAGGUACUUAUACAGUCAGAUUGCUAGUGUUCUGAAAUGCCAGCAUAGUGAUAUUUUUAUUUUAAAUGACAAGGGAAAUAUAACUAUAAAAAAGGGAAUAUCCUUUCAUUUCUUUUCGAGUCAAACCCCUUGUGGGGAUUGUUCUAUUAUUCCCAAAAUUAAUACUUCUUUAUUGGACGGUAAUUAUCAUCCCUCGAAAAAGAUAAAAUUCCUUAAUAAACGAGAAAGUGCUGAAAUUGAAGUGGGAAAUGAGGUUGAUGAUAUACAUAGAACUGGAGCGAAAUGUAUCAGCACUGACGAAAGACAAGAUUUGCAUCAACCUGGGAAAAAUUAUCAUGUACUUGGACCUUUACGAACAAAACCCGGGAGAGGAGAUCGAACGUUGAGUCUUUCUUGUUCUGACAAAAUAGCAAAAUGGAUCGUGGUUGGAAUACAAGGAUCUCUUUUAUCUUUAUUUAUUCCGAUGAUAAAACUUGAGACCUUAAUAAUUGGAGGUGAGUGUCCUUUCUCUAUCGAAUCCAUGGAGCGAGGUUUGUUUAAAAGAUUUAACUCCGAUAUCGUUAGACCAAAUAUUAUUCAAUCGUCGAUCUCGUUUCAACAAAAGAAAGGCGGUUCAAGACAGAAUCCUUGUCCUUCGAGCAUAAUAUGGUCUUCAGUUCCGGAGAGGGAUUUGGAGGUAGCAGCAGAAGGUCGAAAACAAGGAUCAACGAAGAAAAAACCAGGAAGAUGCCUGCUUGUGAGUCGACGUGCUAUUUUUAAAGAAUUCCUGGAAAUUUGCGACAGAUAUUCUAAUUCUCCUCUUCCUCUGCAUCCAAAAAAAAUUACGUACUUUCAUUGUAAACAGUGGUCAAAAUCUUAUCAGAAAUUGUGGCAUGAAGCAAAGGUUACUGUGUUUCGUGUCUGGCCUUCAAAACCAUUGGAGUUACAGAAUUUUACCUUAUGAUUUGUUAUUACUGAUUGACUAAUUAAUUAAAUUUUGCCUUGAUGUAUA